UCAGUCCCACGUGUGCACCGUGGGCGUUUGCAGGCGCGCAGGCUUUCAGCGCAGACGCCCAGGAAGAAGGUUUUCCAACGCGAGAGCACAACGCGGCGGCGCCUCCCUUCCCUUUACCGCUGCUGCCGCCUCUUCCGCCUUUCCUGUGGCCGCUUAAGUCUCACACAAGCCCGGCCGUUGGCUCCUGAGGCGUUGUAGAGUCCUAGUGUCCUCUCCUGGCAUGCAUUGCAACUUUGCUUAAGUAAUCAUUAAUUAAAAGCUUAAUGCUUGAUCCUGAGAAUUGAACUGUGCGUCUGAACAUGUCACUCAUCACCUUGCUCAGUGCCUGUGAACACUACAAAUUUUGGUUGGAUGAAUAAAUAGAUUGCUGAGGGACCAUGAUGUCUGGUGGAGAGCAGGAACCAGGGAGCCACUACUAUGUGGGUGUGGAUGUUGGAACAGGCAGUGUCCGUGCAGCUCUGGUGGACCAGAAGGGGAUCCUUUUGGCUUUUGCAGAUGAGCCAAUUAAAAAGUGGGAGCCUGAGUUCAACCACCAUGAACAGUCCUCUGAGGACAUCUGGGCCGCAUGCUGUGUUGUCACAAAGAAAGUUGCUCAAGGAAUUGAUUUAAACCAAAUCCGAGGACUUGGGUUUGAUGCUACGUGCUCUCUGGUUGUUUUGGAUAAGGAGUUUCAUCCUUUACCAGUAAACCAUGAAGGGGCUUCUCAUCGUAAUGUUAUCAUGUGGUUGGACCACCGAGCUGUCAGUCAGGUCCACAGGAUCAACGACACCAAGCACAGUGUCCUCCAGUAUGUGGGAGGUGUGAUGUCUGUGGAGAUGCAAGCCCCCAAGCUUCUGUGGCUAAAAGAGAACUUGAGAGAGACUUGCUGGGAUAAGGCGGGACAUUUCUUUGAUCUCCCCGAUUUCUUAUCGUGGAAGGCAACAGGUGUCGCAGCACGGUCUCUCUGCUCACUGGUGUGCAAAUGGACAUACUUGGCAGAGAAGGGCUGGGAUGACAGUUUUUGGAAGAUGAUUGGUUUGGAAGACUUUGUUGCAGAUAAUUACAGUAAAAUAGGUGAUACCAUCUCAGGAGCUGAGCUGGUAGAAAAGGGGAGAAACUUGGAACCAGGAGAAAAGAAGAAAGCAAAGCAGCAGUCACAAUUCAUCAACUACAUUCCAGGAAACCAAGUGCUGCCUCCUGGGGUUCCUCUUGGAAAUGGGCUCACACCAGAGGCGGCCAAAGACCUUGGCCUUCCUGCUGGGAUUGCCGUGGCAGCCUCACUCAUUGACGCUCAUGCAGGAGGACUAGGAGUGAUUGGAGCAGAUGUGAGGGGGCACGGCCUACCCUGCGAGGGACAGCCAGUGACGUCACGGCUGGCUAUCAUCUGUGGAACAUCUUCUUGUCACAUGGGGAUCAGCGAAGAUCCGAUUUUUGUAUCAGGUGUCUGGGGUCCUUAUUUCUCAGCCAUGGUCCCUGGGUUCUGGCUGAAUGAAGGUGGUCAGAGUGUUACUGGAAAAUUGAUAGACCACAUGGUACAAUGCCACGCUGCCUUCCCUGAACUACAAGCCAAGGCCACAGCCAGAUGCCAGAGUGUAUAUGAAUAUUUGAACAAUCACCUGGAUCUGAUUAAGAAGGCUCAGUCUGUGGGUUUCCUCACUGUUGAUUUACAUGUUUGGCCAGAUUUCCAUGGCAACCGGUCUCCCUUAGCAGAUCUGACACUAAAGGGCAUGGUCACUGGAUUGAAACUGUCUCAGGACCUCGAUGAUCUUGCCAUUCUCUACCUGGCCACGGUUCAAGCCAUUGCUUUCGGGACCCGCCUCAUCAUCGAGGCCAUGGAGGCAGCAGGGCACUCUAUCCGUACUCUUUUCCUAUGUGGAGGCCUGAGCAAGAAUCCCCUUUUUGUGCAAAUGCAUGCGGACAUUACUGGCAUGCCUGUGGUCCUGUCACAAGAGGUGGAGUCUGUUCUUGUGGGCGCUGCUAUUCUGGGUGCCUGUGCCUCAGGGGAUUUCGCUUCUGUACAGGAGGCAAUGGCAAGAAUGAGCAAAGUUGGGAAAGUUGUGUUCCCCCAACAUGAAGAUAAAAGAUAUUAUGAUAGGAAAUAUCAAGUAUUCCUGAAGCUGGUGGAGCAUCAGAAGGAGUACGCAGCGAUCAUGAAAGGGGACUGAACAGGGCCUGUAGGUGCUGAUACCGGAAGGUUGUGAGUCAUUACAUCAGGAGCCUCUGUCAUUUCAUCUGAUAUGCAAAACCCCUUAGGUAUCAUAUUAUCAUUUCUGUAUUGCCUUUUAAUAAAGAAAACAGACAUGUACAGCCAGAACUAGAGUUUCCAUUUCAAAAUAUCACCAUUAUUUAGUUGGCAGCUGACACACAGACACAUCACGGUAUCAGAAGUUUUGCAUGGAGUCAUAGCACUCAAAUGGGGGUAGAUCUUAUGGGUCAUCCAGUCCUGGGGAAACUUGUUCACCGUCAGCCAUCAAAUGAAAGAUUUAUGUUGCUUUAGGUAGGACGUCUAACAUUUAUUCUAUGGAUGGCUAAAAACAUGUUAGUAACUUUUAUUUGGAAAUAGUUUCAAAUUACAGAAAACUUCCAAGAAUAGAAGUACUCCAAAAACACCUAUAUACUACCUUUUACCCAUGUACUUUCCUUUUAACAUUUUACUCCAUAUGCUUUAUCAUUUGUACAUUCUCUCUCUAGAUAUGUGUGUGUGUAUAUGCAUAGAUACACAUGCACAAGUCUGUGUGUAUGUAUACAUUUUUUUCUGAGACAUUUGAGAAUAAGUUUCAGUAGGUUUAACUUUUAUAUAACACUUUUAUGGAAUCAGCAGUUCAUAUUCCAUUUUGUUCAUUAACUCAAUCAUUAUGGCAUUUUUUCCCCUUCACUAUAGGAUCCAGUCUAGGAUCAAAGAUUGCAUUUAAUUAUAGAAUCAUCAUUUUGCAACCAUCAUAAUAAAGAUAGGUUCAGGCAGGAAUUAUUAGUAGAUCCAGGGAGAAUUUUGAUGAGGAACAGGACAUAUGCAUAGUCUUAAAAGUGUCUCCCUAUGGAUUGCUUAUUAGUUGUAAGAGGAAAAAAAAUUUAACUAUAUAGGAAAGAAAUAGGACAACAACUCAACUGGGUGAACAAAAUUAACUUCAGAUGGGCAAAUGGAUAUCAUGUGCCUCCAGAUGUGACAGCCUGAGAAGGACAUAGCUUAAUUUAUGGAGCAUUCUGGCUUGGAAUGCAUAUCCUGAAUCUAAUCAUAAAGAAGCAUUAACAUAUGCAAAACAGGGAGAA